AUGCAUAUGUAUAUGAAUACUAGCGACAUCAUUCAUAAAAAUCAGGAAGAUCAACGAAAUGGACAAACCACGCUCACAUAUCGAAGUCUCUUUUCUUUUGCUGCCUCGAAUCGCAUUUUCAAUAAUAAUUUAUCUUUACUGUCGAUAUUACAUACAACAUCAAUAAUAUUCGCAGAGAAUCAUUUUCUGCAUUGUGUAUCAUAAUUACUUGAAGCAAAACGACCACCAAGUCGAAACAAUUACUUUGGAACACUUCAAUGGAAUCGAUUGAAUCCGGAUGAUCGUGUUCCACCAGAUCAUCUUUGA